AUGUGUGAUAUGGAGAGUUGUACGAUCUGCUUGGAUCAGCUCUUCCCAUCUUUCAGCCCUGAUAUUAUAACGAGAUUACAACCCUGCGGCCAUUAUUAUCAUAGUGAUUGUAUCACAUUAUGGACUGAUAAAUCAAAUAGUUGUCCUACAUGUCGCCGUGAUUUCGAAUUUGUGGAAACCAUAAAUAGCAGUGGGAAAGUCUUGACAACAAAAAGAGCUCAAAAGAAGGUGAUUGAACAUAUUGAAGAGUUUUUUGAAGGUAAUGAUGAGAUAAUAAUGGAUUAUAAUGAGGAAGAUGAUUUAGAAAGAAGGAUCAAUAAUAUGAUUGCAAGAUCCAAUAUUUGUAUUUUAUGUGAUUCAAGACAUGGUAAUGUUACCCCAUGUAAUACUUGUUCUUCAACAUUCCAUUUAUCGUGCUUGGGGGCAACCAAUUUAUCAAGAUGGUUUUGUCCAAUGUGUGAUGCUGAACAAGUUAAUUUUGAGCGUCCAAUAAGUGUCUUCAGAAGGUCAAGAAAUAGUGCUAUUACAAAUAGGGUCUAUAAUUCAUUUAGAAGCUCGUUAAUAACUAAUCCUGUCACAGUUGAAGUGAAGGAGAAUCCUGAACCAAUGACAGUGGAGGAACAACAGUCGUGGGAAAUUUUUGAACGGGCUAAAAAUGACCAAGAGAAUAAAGAACCAACUACAACUGCUUCAUCAAGUGAUAAUAUUAGCACGAGUAGCAGCCCUACUGUAAGGAAAUUCAAACAGCCCUCAAGAAGAGGAAUAAGGAGAGGUGCAAAAUCAGCUUUAAAAUCAUCCAGUGCCAUCCCAACAUCAGUUCCUUCUUCUUAUUCAUCAAAGCCGUUGGUUAAGACUAUUGUGGAUCAAAUGAGAGAAACUAGAACUACUGAAAGAUUACAAUUUCCAAAUAUCCCAGUCCCUAAAUCAGAAACACCUCUACCAUUAUCACCAUCACACUCAUUUUCAUCAUCACCUGGAUCUUCUCCACAACCAACUAUUUCUUCGUUAUCAACAACUCCAGAGAACGAAACAAUACCCAUAGCAUCAAAUAAAUCCAACUGGAAAAUGGUAAUACCCAACAAUACUUCAAAGUCAGCACAAAAAUCAACAUCACAAGAGAUUAGACCAAGAAAAAGUUGA